CUUAGAAGCUAAAAUAAGCAUACAACCAAACAUACAGAAACAGGUGGAGUCAGGGACACAUCAGUGGAUAAAUGGACAGAUAGAAACAAACACAAAAGUAGGAUCAAGCCUUGACCAUCAAAGACAGGAAAUAGGACUCCCAGAACAGCUGAGUCCUGAGGAUAAACAAUUGAUAUGCUCCCCACCUCCAGAACCUAAAGCUCAUCUGUCCCUGGCUGAGGCUCCACCUGCUCUGUUACUGGACUCCCCACAGGGGCCUGAGCAAAAUGAUGUCCAGGAUCAGACAGAUGGACCCUGCAAAUCAAUAUCAGAAGGUGAAACCAUACACCACAACUACUGUACAAUAGGGGACAAACAUGACAAAAAUGUGUCUGAUGCAUCUGCUGUUGUGAUUGAUUCCUGCCACGCUAAAACAGCCCCUGAACAUGAGCCUGUAGGGAGAUGUGACUUAGAGACAUAUCCACUGGAGCAGGAGAAUGGACCUCCUUUAAGUGGUGGAGCUGGCGCACAUGCAGCACUGUGGGGGAAUUCACAUGCUCUGAGCCGAGCCGGUGCAGAAGAGAGGGAGGAGGAAGAGAGUGCCCUUGAAUGGGCUUCAGCAGAGUCCGCUGCCUCCACAUUGCUACAAACAACACCCACGAUGCCAGAAAUGAUAGAAAGCGAGGGAGAGAAGAAGAGAGAUGAUGCGUUCCAAAGUGCUGCAAUAAUAUUACAAGCAGCAGAGAGAGAAUCGGACGUGCUGGAAGCAGAUGAAUCUCCGAGCUCAGAGGAAACAUUGAGUGAAUUUAUAGCUGAAAAGGGACAAAAAUUCACCUCAGUAAUUUUUCCAGACAUUAAGUGCUCACCUGUUCAGAAAGAGGAGGCGACUGAGGAGAGCUGUGGCAACAAAAUACCACACAACACAACGGAGAGUGAGAGGAAGGGAGGGGGUCUGCCGAUCGCACUCUCCCCAGCCAGAGACAAGGAUACAGGCACAGUCGAUACAGAGGACAACGCUCUGGUCACCUAUUCCUCUCCAGGCAUCCUUGGAACUUGUGACUGGAAGGUGGAGAGUUCACAAUCAAAGGAGAGAAAAGGAGAGAGCGAAGAGGAGGGGAAAAAGACAAGCGAAGGCGGAGCACAGAACGCAGCACAAGCUGGCAGGGUGUCACAGACAGAGGCGGCGACUGAGACGUGUCCAUCCCACUGCAUCACAGCAUCACCAGCGGCAACACAAGACCAGAGUGAUCUUAUCCAUCCUGUCACAGCAGGCACAGCCCUGUUUCCUCUGAGCAUCAACAGAAUAAACGACUGCGACUCCGUCAGCCCACCCCCUCCUCUUUCCCACAUAAACUCUUCAAAGACAGACGCGCAGAGAGUGGAAAAGGCUAAUCUGAAUCCGAGCCCAAGUGCAUCAGAAGCAGAACUGCCAGGCAGUGAUAGAUCAAUUCCACCAGUAGUUUCUUUAGAAAACGAAUGUCUCGCCGCGCAAGCCAGUGAUCAACAGGUACAGAGCUCUUUACAGACUAGAACCGCAAGCUGUGACACAUCCAUCAAGACAGAGACACAGCAACAAAACCAAGAAACAACUUCUACAAGUGAAGACACAUCUCAAUCAACUAAGCUACAAGUAAACAUGAAGGAUAUCGCCGCAAGUUGUACCAAAUUGGAAGGGCAUAUGUCUCCAAAAGGUAUGCAGAGCUCUUUUGAGAACCAAAAAGAUACAACAUUGAAAUGCCAGAUGACUGAAUGUGCCUCUCUGCCCCCACUGAUGGUAUUUGAAAGUCUACAUCAUCCAGUAAAAGAGGCUAGCUUCAACUUUAAAGGUUUUCUCAGCAUCAGCAAACCAGCACUUCCUCUUCAGACAGAAUCAACCAUUGGCCAGAGAAAUACUGACCUGCAUGGAACAGAAAAUGAACCUACUGCCACUGAAGGAGGUAAAAAGGGAAAAAAUGGAAAGCAGAGAGAAAAAGUGGAACAAGUGGAAAUGCCAUUUAAAGAGUCAAAGGAUUGCAGAGAAAUGACCAGUACAUCCCAAAUGCAUGGUGAGACUACUGUAAAACUUGAAGAAAAUGUCAAUGCAAUUAUGAGUAGCUGUGAAGAUGAUGGAAAAGUGACAGAUGAAACUCCUGAUGUCAGCAAGAGAAAUCCUGUUAUGUUUUCAUCACUGUCCGCUGCAGGUGAGACCACCGGUGUUACUGAAGCUAAAGACAUGGUUAAUGAAACUCUGGAAGAUGCUGAAGUAAUUAAAGAGAAACAAGAAAAUAAAGAAUGUAUGAAUGUUACUCAGAUCACUCCAAAUAUUACAGAUGAGUCAGCCUCCACUGAGAAGAAUAGUGUUUUACUACAGGAUGUAUCUCCACAAGAGAGUCGUAACAGCAGCCCUGCUGUGGAUGGUGAGCAGGCUGAUAUGCCUGUGUCUGAAGGAGUUGAACAAAGAAAUACUGAAGUUCUACUUAACACCAAGGAAAAGCUGGAUGAAGAGACUGAUAAAUCAAAGGGAUGUGGGUUACCUGAAGCAGGUGAUAUAGAACUAACAUGUCCAGGUAAUUCAGAGAAUUUUGUGAAUGACAGUCGAGAGCAAAAGCCAGAAAAAUGCACAUGUGAAGUUGAGUCACAGGUAAAAACCAGCUCCAUGUCUCCAGCAGCUGCCCCAGACAUAGACAGCAUGUGCCCUUGCACUCAACCAGACAAGAAAUUCAACACCGAGCAACCUACUACAACCUCAGAGAUGAAGUUUCUGUCAAAAGUAGAUGAGUGUACAGACAUGCUGACCUAUCAGACUGAAUCACAGUACAGUAAUGAACUGAUGAAAAAUGAUGCAGCGGAUGCUGGGGACACAACUGUCCCUUCUCUUUCUUCAGCGGAGACUACAGUACCAGCACAAAGGGAUCUUUCCUCAACCACCACACAAAGCACUAACAGUGAUGCCGGGGAUUUGACUGUCAUUGUACUAAAGGCUCCAGGCCCAAUGCUGAGUCACUGUGAGUUCAUUAAUGACUGUGAUAUUGCUGUAGCAGGACCCGGAGAAGAUUGCAGUGUGAACUGUGUGUGUGAUUCUGACACAGAUAUUGUAAAGAAUAUUACAGACAAAACUAAUCAACAAUCAGAUGUGAAUGAAGAGAUGUUAAGAUCUCAAAAUGCAGAUGAUCCUCCCUACCCUGUUGGUGUCUCCACACAGGAAAUUGUAGCAUCAUCUGGGUCCCUUCUGCUCACAACUGACAGGGCAGAAGAGGCAGGUGGUUCAACUCUAGUGUUAAAGAACCCAGAUAUUGUUGGAAAUGCAAAGAUGAAACAGAAUGAAGCAUCUAAGGGUAUUGGAGAAUUGGAGGAUGUUAGAAAAGGGAAGAGUGAAGGACAUUUUAAUUCUAUACAUGAAAAUGAUUUAUGCAAUGCACCUACAAAUGUUGCUACAGAAAAUGAAGUAAUUAAUAAAGACACGUAUGAAGAAUUCAUGCACGUGAAGGGGGAAGAGGACAACAAGAAAAGUGUAAAGGAAACCGAAGAAAAAUCCAAUGCAACUAGUUCCUCGCAGGAAGAAGAAAUUGAACAAAAAAACGAAAAGCAGGGUGAAAUGAAGGAGCAAGAAGUAAUGCCUAUUAAAAAGCAGAAGAAUAGUCGAGAAGAGACAGAUACCUCUGAAACAUCCUGUGCUGAUGAAAUGCUUCAUUAUCAACCAGCUUUGACAGUUCAGCAAAGUCCUAAUGAUGAAAUCAAAUGUGAUUCACUCCUGAUGAACUUGGAGGACAAUCUCGUUACACUUUUGACUGAGGAGCCUGUUCAACGUGUGUCUGUAGACAAUGUAAAACUGAAUAAAGAUGUAUCCAAAGGAUCCAGGCAGGUGAUAGGAGGAGAGCAAAACAGGGAGUGUGUGCAAGAAAAUGAGGUACAAAAUGUAAAAUUAAUUGCGGAUAAGGACUGCAAAAAGAGAACAAAUAUAUCUCAAGAACAGGAUGAGGCUGCUGCAAAAGAAAAAGCUGAUCAAACACAAGAAGAAAAUCGGACAUUAAUAAAUCUCUUCAAUCUAUCAGGAGAAAAAAAACUAGUAGAUGAAACCAUUCCACAAGGAAAAUUACGGUGUAGCCCUAUGCCUGAUCCUGGUUUAACCUCGAAAGGGAUUACAGAAGAGGCUCUGGGUUGUAGAGGGGCACUAACUGAAAAAUCUCCUCCAGUCAUUGAUCAGACCCUGUCUACAGUGGUGAAUGCUUCUCCUGAGAGAGAUCACACACAAGAUCCAAGAGGUUUGAACCAGUCAGAUUUGGCAUUUUCACAGUCCCAAGAGCUCCAGCAGCAACAGAAGUUUGUGAGUGCACUAGAAGCAGUGUUAAGUGUGAGUAAAAGCAACGUUUUAGAAAAUGCUGAGACCAAUAACAAUGCAGAUGCUGAGGCAAGUGAAAAGGAAGGGAAGGUGACAAUGUAUUGUAGUGCAGAGGCUCAGAGAUCCCUAAUCAGCACUUCAGAGAGUGCCACACUGGUGGGGGGCUAUGACAAAGAUGUUGCUGUGUACAAUAUAUGUCUAGAGAAUGAAAAGAAUACAAUACAAACAAUCAAUCUUAAUGGUGGGAAAAUUCCUGUUUGUGGUGAAAGUACUACAAGUGAAAUUCAAACACAGUCAGAUCCCAACUUGUCUGUAACAGCAUCGUCAGCUUCUGAAACUUCAGAAGUCAAACGGGUUAUAGAGGCAAUAGAGGCAAAAGAGCCUGCCAUCUCAGCAUCACAGGAAAGUGUGAGUAAACAUGCAGAUUGUACCAAAUCACAGGUCAGUGCGCACGAGCAUGGGAAUGUUUGUAACGAAAUACUUGACACCAAGAAAGGCUCAGAAUUUCCUGUAAAUCACUCAAGUGGGUUCACUGUGAUUCCCACCCUCUCACACCAUGAAGGAAGACUAAAAACAGAAGAGAAAUUUUUAGACUCUGUUACCCCUGGAGACACUGGAAACACUGAGAUCAGUUCUGAUUCAAUGAGUGAUGUUGCACAGAUGUCUCCUGCAGGAACGUCCCGAAUUCAGCAAGAGAAAGAGUUAAUUUUUCAGCCCUCUGAUUGCCAGAUCUCCACCACCACAUCCUCUUUUUCUGCUUCUAUGCUCCAGAAAGGUAUUAAAGAGGAAAAAGAGAUAAGUGUGGAUCAGGCCUCUAAAGAUACACUAGAACCUAACACUCCUAAUUCCACUCCCCAAUCUGAGACAGCCAGCUGGAGGAUGGAGCAGCUUAAUAAGCAUUUGUCAGAGCAAUUCCCAGACGGUACCCAAAACACAGAGGAGCAGGAUACACAGUGUUCUGAACAGCAGCUCAUGCAGUUACAACAUGUAGUAACUUGUUUGGACACUGAAAACACAAUCAGUACUAUGAAAGAAGAAGACACAGUUUCAAAUGGCUUACAACAGCGAGAAGGAAUUCAAGAAGAGAUAAGUAAACAGAUGGCGAAUGAGGAACAGAACAAGGCCACUGAAAAGGAUCACACAGAAAUGUCCAAAGGGGCUGAACCUAAGGCUUCACAGUCUGUAGUGAAAGAAAACAUCUCCAAAGAAAAGUUGGAGGAGCAGUCUUUAUUUUCCCCUGAUGAAGCAAUAGUUGAUAAUGUAGACCAGCAAAUUGAAGAAGUUUCUAAUGGGACACUGACAGAAAUGAAACCGGUUGUGUCAUUGUUAUACCCUGAGACCUCUGUCUGCUUAGUUACUGACCCCCAGGAUUCCCUCCAGUUCCCUCCUGCAGUCAAUCAACAGUCUAGUCAGCAGCCCACAAAGUCUUUUAUCCAAAGUUUACGUCAAAACACCACAAAUACAGUUAAAAGUAGCAGUGAGCCAAGUCCUGACAUAGCAGAUAAUUCUCCUGGAGACAUGGAAUCCCUUCUAAUCAAUAAAGCAAUACAGAAAGAUGACAGUGAAGUUAUUGAAGAUGAAGUCAGCAAGGUGUCAAAAGCUGCAGAUGUGUUGCUGGGUUCAUGCACAGGAACAGUAGAGGUAUCACAGGUUAUCAACAGUUCAGACAGCCAAGUCCUAAGUGAAAUCUUUAUACAUGAGAGGUCAGAUACAGUCAACUCCUCCGAAGGUUCUGAUUGGCUCAGAGCUCUGAAGGAGGCAGCCUCCAUGUCUCAGAUCAUUCCAGAGCACAGAGAUGAGACUACCUGUGGAUCUACAGAAAACAGACCAUUUGAGAUCCACAGUUUGCCUCAGGCUGAACUAGAAUUCCGAACCCCAACUGAAGAAUAUUUUCCCCCUGCACCUGAAGAGAGUUUCCCCCCUGCGCCUGAGGAGAGUUUUCGCCCUUGGCCUGUGGAGAGUUUUCCUCCUGCACCUGAGGAGAGUUUUCCUCCUGCUCCUGUGGAGAGUUUUUCUCCUGCACCUGAGGAGAGUUUUACCCCUGUUACUAAGCAGACAGAAGAACCACUAGACUGCAGGAGCUCAGACUCAGACGGAGCAUUCGAAACCCCUGAGUCCACCACCCCUGUGAAGUCUGCUUCCCCACCAGUGCCCUCAACAGAGCCCCCCUGCACCAAAUCAGAGGGAUUGUCCCCAGAACACACAGCUUCCACUGCUGACAUCUCUGCCAGUGAAGCUCAAGAGCCGAAACAGCUUCAACCUCUCAGUCGCUCUCAAUCCAUAGUCUUUGAUGAGGACAAACCAAUAGCUGCUAGUGGCACCUACAACCUAGAUUACUUAAUUGCUGGUGACUCCUUCCCAAAAUCUAAUUUUGGGUCUGGACCAUCAAGCCGAGCGCCUCUUACCCGCUCUCUAAGCCUACAGUCUGGUGAGUUAGAGAGCCCAGGAGACAAACCCUCAGGAGAAACCUCCAAAAAACUAAUUCACUCACGAGCAGAGUCCUUCAGCACAGGAACAGAAAGCGCUCCAGGGACCCUUCGGAAAGUGAAGAAGCCCCGUCCAGGUUCUCUCAAGAAGAAACCUCUUUCUCGGCAGAACUCAAACCCAGAGCAUUCCUCUCCCAAAACAGUCUCCUCUAGCAACACACCAGAAGAAAAAAAGAGAGGGAAACCCCAUCCCGAAAGCCCCUUGCAAACCCAAGAGAGGCCUAGUUCUUCUCCCAGCCCUAGUCCUAGUCCUGUUGGUACCCUGCGGAGGAACAGGAUAAAGACUCGAGUUGAGAGUCCUCCACCUUUGGCUGAGGAGAUCACUACAUUCUCAAUAUCGAGCCAACUCCAACCAGAGCUUCCUGAUCCUGUACCUGAGGCUCCAACUGUCCACGACGAGGAGUCUCCUAUCCCUCCCAUUGCCUCCUACAAAUGGGAUCCAGACAAUUUUGAGAAUAUUGACCCAUUCUGUACAGGAGGCAGUAAAGUUGCCAACUCGCCGGUCUUGGGCAGGAAAGCCAACUUUACAUCAGUUUCAGACACCUCUGUUGCUGUAGAGGAGCCUCGUGCCUCUUCCCCUGCUAAAGAGCAACCCAUUAACAUUGAGGAACAGCCAAUCACCAAGCGCCAACCAGUCAGACUGGAGUUUGACUAUUCAGAGGACAGUGGAGAGGCGCCACGCAAUACUCCUCCUCCUAAAAUCCUAGGCAAGAAACCAGGGGCCAAAAUGCCCAUCCGAAAGCCCAAACUGGGAUUUAAGAAGGCCCCUCCACCCCAGACAGAGCAGCUAGACAAUGCACCUGUCCCUGCACUUACAAAUGACAUUGAUGAAAUCCCGAUCCCUAAGGGGUCAUAUAACUUUGAUCCCAGCAAGUGGGAUGACCCUAACAUUAAUCCAUUUUCUUCAAGAACUGGUAUCCCCAACUCUCCUGGCCUGUCUAGAGGAUCUUACAGCUUUGAUCCUGAUUCCUCUGAUGACUCAAUCGAUCCCUUCAAAUCAUCCAACAAGAUGGGAAACGCGCCUCUGAAAGCUACCUCUUUUGACAAGUCCAAGUCCAACAAUGACAACGAGAAUGACAAUGAUAACAUUGUUGAGUUGGAGGAUCACAACCAGAACAAACCUGCCAAAAACAAGAAGAAGCCUCUCAAAUCUAACACUUUUAGAGUGAAGAAAUCACCAAAGAGGACUCAGAUUACUGAGCCGUCUGCUCAAGAGCACUCACCUGAUGCCAAUCCUGAGCCUUCACAAGAUCACGCCACAGAUGAGGAGAAACUGGCUUCCUCCACCAAUCAGAAAUGGACUAGACAUGACAUAGAAUUGGAGCUGAACUCUGACCCCCAAGACUUCCCGCAGCCGACUGACUUUACAACUUUUGUCAACGAGAACAGUUUACCCACACAGAGUGAUGUUACAGACUAUGAGAUUGAAUACAUGGAAGAGAUUGGUUCCUCCGCACCUCCUCUCUCUGUGAAGAAACCAUCACUUUAUCUGAAGCUGGACUCUGUGACAGACAGUCCAACGAAGACUUCCAACAUGCAAGAUUCAGAGCCCAAUUCUCCCUUCACUGGGAGCUUUGAGGAGAUGGAGGCUCAGAUCUCGCAGGGGAAAUCACUUGUGCUGCCACCACAUGGUGCUCGUGACUCCAUGGCCUCAGAGAAAAGCAGAAAGAGGGACCGUCAAUCUCAGAAUCGAACGCAGAGCAACGAGAGAGAUGGAGCGACACCUCCUACUCCUCUUGUCCCUCUUCUGCUCUCGGUCCCAAUGCAGUCCCCCAUCCAGGGCCCCAUGGAUCCCUCAGAUCUGCCCCUCUUAGACAGGCUGUCUGAUUCACCUGCCCCUCUCAGCUACUUGGAGCCUGAUCUGGCAGAGACCAACCCCACUGUCUUCGCUCAAAAACUGCAGCAGAGAGAAAUGGCCUCACCGGGAGACAGCGGGGUUUCGAAGAGCUCCUUCUAUUUACAAUCAGGAUAUAUUGAGGGGGAAAGCCCUCAUCUGCCACGUGACAUGGACCACUCUCUUGCCAUCGCCCGAGAAGAGAUUGUUGUGAAAGAGAAAGAAGCCAUUGAUUGGAAGAGAAAAUACGAAGAGAGUAGACGGGAGGUGGAGGAGAUGAGGAAGAUAGUUAUGGAGUAUGAGAAGACUAUUGCAGAGAUGAUUGGCAUGCCUGAGGGUGAACAGAGGGAGAAGACUCUGUCUCAUCACACUAUCCAGCAGUUGAUCCUGGAGAAAGACCAGGCUUUGGCUGAUCUCAACUCCGUGGAGAAAUCUCUCGCUGACAUGUUCCGUCGCUAUGAAAAGAUGAAAGAUGUUUUGGAAGGCUUCCGCAAGAGAGAUCUUUAA